CACGUGUGAAGGGUGGGUCUUCCCAAACCGUGGCGCCAUGGCUCUCCUUACUGAGUCACAGGCACUCUGAAGAUGGAUAACAAUAACAACUAACUAUCACACAAAUACACUCUCUGUCUGAGAGAGAGAGAGAUGGCGAUGGCAAUGGCGCUUCGGAGGCUCUCAUCUUCCAUAGACAAACCUCUCCGCCCUCUCUUCAAUGCCACUUCCGUUUGCUACAAGUCAUCGUUGCCUGAUGAAGCUGUCUACGACAAAGAGAGACCAGGAGUUACAUGGCCAAAGCAAUUGAAUGCCCCGCUUGAGGUUGUUGAUCCUCAGAUUGCUGAUAUAAUUGAGCUCGAAAAAGCUAGGCAAUGGAAGGGGCUUGAACUGAUACCGUCAGAGAAUUUCACUUCAGUCUCUGUAAUGCAAGCUGUUGGCUCAGUCAUGACUAACAAGUACAGUGAAGGAUAUCCUGGUGCAAGAUAUUAUGGUGGAAAUGAGUACAUUGAUAUGGCAGAAAGACUAUGUCAGAAGCGUGCCCUCGAGGCAUUUAGGUUGGAUCCAGCUAAAUGGGGAGUGAACGUUCAGCCUCUAUCUGGGUCUCCUUCAAAUUUUCAAGUUUAUACUGCAUUGCUAAAACCUCAUGACAGAAUCAUGGCACUUGAUCUUCCUCAUGGUGGACAUCUUUCUCAUGGAUACCAGACUGACACCAAAAAGAUUUCUGCAGUCUCGAUUUUUUUUGAGACAAUGCCAUAUAGAUUGAAUGAAAGCACAGGAUACAUUGACUAUGACCAGAUGGAAAACAUGGCUAAACUCUUCAGGCCAAAAUUAAUUGUUGCUGGAGCCAGUGCUUAUGCACGCCUGUAUGAUUAUGCACGUGUACGCAAGGUGUGCGACAAACAGAAAGCUAUACUGUUGGCAGAUAUGGCACACAUCAGUGGAUUGGUUGCAGCUGGUGUUAUCCCAUCACCUUUUGAUUAUGCAGAUGUAGUGACUACCACCACUCACAAGUCACUUCGUGGCCCCCGUGGAGCUAUGAUAUUCUUCAGGAAGGGAGUUAAAGAAACUAACAAACAAGGACAGGAGGUGUUGUAUGACUACGAGGACCGAAUCAACCAAGCUGUCUUCCCAGGACUGCAAGGUGGUCCGCACAACCACACCAUUACUGGUUUGGCUGUUGCAUUGAAGCAGGCUACAACUCCAGAGUAUAGGGCAUAUCAAGAGCAAGUUCUCAGCAAUUGUUCAAAAUUUGCACAGGCUCUUAGUGAGAGAGGCUAUGAGCUGGUUUCCGGUGGAACUGAGAAUCAUCUUGUUUUGGUGAAUCUUAAGAACAAGGGAAUUGAUGGCUCCAGAGUUGAGAAGGUGUUGGAAGCUGUUCAUAUUGCAGCAAAUAAAAACACUGUUCCUGGAGAUGUCUCUGCUAUGGUUCCUGGUGGCAUCAGGAUGGGAACGCCUGCCCUUACUUCUAGGGGAUUUGUUGAGGAGGAUUUUGUCAAGGUAGCGGAGUUUUUUGAUGCAGCAGUAAAAUUGGCUGUGAAGAUAAAGGCAGAGAGCAAAGGAACGAAAUUGAAGGACUUUAUGGCCACAAUCGAGUCAUCUUCAACCUUUCAGGCAGAGAUUGCAAAGCUCCGCCACGAUGUUGAAGAGUAUGCAAAGCAAUUUCCAACCAUUGGUUUCGAUAAAGCAACCAUGAAAUACAAAGAUUGAGGAGAGAAAAUGUUCCAAUAGGUCACACCGUGGUCUUAUUGGCAUGCAAUUCAAGAUGAUCAGUUUCUUGAUUCAUGUUACAGGACGCUAAGAGGAUAACAUAUAAAAUUUAGUCUAUGUAUGAAUCUAGAAAAACUUGAUCAUUAUCUUCUUGAAAUGUAUCAAUGCAUAUCAUAUGUAAUAAAGGCUUCAACUACAAAAUUUCCAGAAUAGAUGCUUGUUGACA